GAGGGAGAGGGAGAAGUGGAGAGAGUUCAGAGGAAGAGAGGUGGGGCAGAGGCAGUCUUUUAUUCUCCUCAUUGCUUCAGCCACAUAGACAGAGGGACGGAGAGCCAGAGGGAGAGAGAGAGAAAGAGAGGAGGAUACAUACUUUCUCAUCCACAGUGGCGGGCAGACGUGGAGAGAGAGGAGGCAGAAUCGGGAGACGGAUGAGAGUGGAGCAGCGGGGCGAGCAGGAGCCCGAACACAUCUGUCUGCGCGAGGAAAGAAGAAUUUUGAUGAGCCUGAGACGGAACCUUCAGCAGCUGACUUGAUUUCAACAUGAAGAUAGUAAUAUGAAGAUAGUCCACCAUAACAUAUGGUGUUGAAGCACAAAUAUGCCAUGGAUUUGCAUGUCAAUUGUGGAUUAAGUCGUGGCUUUAGUCUGAAUUUCUCCUUAUACGCCAAAUGGAUCUCAUGUGCUGGAACAAUGUCGGGAUGAAGAAAUUGGCCUAUUGAGGAAAAUCUACAGUAAUGUCCACAAAAACUUUAAGGUGUGAAUCGGAUUAUGGAGUUCAUUUUUAUUUUUCUGAGGGAACUAUAUGAAAUGAUUCUUUGGACUGCACCACGAUGGCAUUCCUGGCUACCCUGCAUUGUGAAAAGGACUGCAAGCCUGAGUGUUUGAGUGUAUUUGUGGGUGUGUUUGUGUAUGCCCAUUGUGGUAUGACACAGUGGAGGUGAAAGGGGAAGACAUUUCCAGACCAUUUUUUUCUUGACAAUGAGAGUUCCAGCCAGGGUGGCUGCAGUUUCCUGUCUUUGUCCUCUGGUGGUCUUCCUAUGUGUUGUCUCCCAGAGUUGUUAUGGGACCCAGGUCAAUCUGAGCCCUCACGCUAACCCUAACCCCAGCCUGUACCCAAACCAGAGGCUGAGGUCAGACCCAACCCCAAUCCCAAGCAAAAGUCCUGACCAAAAUAAGACACCCCUGAUGCCCAGCCAGCACUAUAGCACUAGCCAAAAUGUCUGGGGCAAGCUACAGUUGAAACCAAGGCUUGACACUAUGUUCUAUCUUACAGACUAUCACAUGCCCAACACACCCAACUUUGCACCGGCAACCUCCCAGGCUGCAUCAAGCUCAAACUCUAGACUCAAACAAAGACAAGGGCUUCCAUACAAAUCAACUUCUGAGCCAGUGCUAAGAAACAAUCUGAACACUCCCAAGCAAGCUUCAAAAAUCAACCCCAAAGCGAAUCCAAAACCAAGGCUUGGAUCUCUGUUACAGCCUCAGGCAGGUCCCAACUCAAAGGUGACUGGAUCUAAAACCAAUUCUGUGUCACUUCCUAGCAACAAAUUGUCUUCACUAACAAGUCCUCAUCAAAGCUCCAACACUUCUGGUAAUAUUAAUUACACCACCUACAAUUCCCGCCCAGCUGCUUUAUCCAAUCCUAAGUCCCAUACCAAACUCCGACCUUCUUCACAAACAAAUAGAAAUGGCAAAUCCGACUCGAGGGGCACCAACACAUACUCCAGAGCACAGAAGAACCAGACCAAGUUGUUUGACACAGACAAGGAUUCUCACCAUCGGCCUAAGAGAGGCUGGAUUUGGAACCAGUUCUUUGUUCUGGAGGAACACAUCGGACCUGAGCCACAGUACAUCGGAAAGCUCCACUCCAACUCUGACAAGGGCGAUGGCACGGUGCGAUACAUCCUGUCCGGAGAGGGGGCCGGCUCUGUCUUUAUCAUCAAUGAGACGACGGGUGACAUCCACGCCGCCAAGAGCCUGGACCGUGAGAGGAAGUCCCAGUAUGUCCUGCAUGCAAGGGCCAUCGACCGACGGACGAACCGCUCGCUUGAGGCAGAGUCAGAGUUCAUCAUCAAGGUUCAGGAUGUCAAUGACAACGCUCCAACAUUCCCUGAUGGACCGUUCUCAGCCACUGUGCCUGAGAUGUCUGAUGUUGGGACGUCCAUUUUCCAGGUCACGGCGUCGGAUGCGGAUGACCCGACCUACGGGAACAGCGCCAAGAUCGUUUACAGCAUCCUGGAGGGACAGCCCUACUUUUCUGUUGACCCAAAGACAGGUACCAUCCGUACGGCGAUGUCCAACUUGGACCGUGAGACCAGGGACCACUACGCCGUAGUGAUCCAGGCCAAAGACAUGGCGGGCUCCGUCGGAGGACUGUCAGGGUCCACCACAGUCAACAUCACUCUCACAGACGUCAACGACAACCCCCCGAAGUUUCCGCAGAAGAGUUACCAGCUGUAUGUACCAGAGCAGGCUCCGGUAGGGAACACAGUGGGCCGGAUCAGAGCCAACGAUGAGGACGAAGGGCAGAAUGCGGAGAUGACCUACAGCAUCACUAACGCGGACGCAGCCGCCAUCUUCACCAUCACCACUGAUGCUGACGGCAGGGAGGGGAUCAUCUCCCUCCAGCAGCCUCUGAACUACGAGAAGAGAAAAGUCCACAUGCUCAACAUCGAAGGCUCAAAUGCUCACCCGGACUCGCGCUUCUCCCACCUGGGACCGUUUAAGGAUUCGACCUCACUACGAGUCAUCGUGGGGGACGCGGACGAGCCCCCCGUUUUCUCCAUGGACUACUACAUCAUGGACGUGUAUGAAAACUCACCUGCUGGCACCCAGGUCGGCACCGUGAUUGCCGUGGACCCAGACAGCACAAACAGCGCUGUCAGGUACUUCAUAGACAACGAAGAGGACAGACCUUUGUACUUCACCAUCGGGGUGAACAGCGGCGUCAUCCGGACCACGGAUGUCCUGGACCGGGAGGAGAAGGCUUGGCACAACAUCACCGUGAUGGCUGCAGAAGUCGAUAACCCACGUAUGGUGAGUCACGUCCCCGUCACGGUCCAGGUGCUGGAUAUCAAUGACAACGUUCCGUCCAUCUCCGGAGGCACCAACGCCGUCGUCGUGUGUACGAGCACCAAAGCUGGACAGGUGGUUCAGACCAUCCGAGCAGCAGAUCUGGACGACUUUGCGAAUGGGAAGUUUUCCUUCUUCGUGCCUGCCGAGCAUCAAAUCAAAACAAAUUUUACUGUGAAGGACAACAGCGACAACACUGCCAGCAUAGUGUCCAGCAGCCGCGAAGGCUUCGGCCAGGACCAGCAACAGGACUUCUUCAGCCUGCUGGUCGUGGUGGCCGAUGGCGGCGAGCCUCCUCUUAGCAGCACCACAACACUCUCCCUCAGGGUGUGUGUGUGUCAGGGGAACACCAGGGGGCGCAGCAACAUCUGUCAGGCCCAGGCCUUCCUGUCAUCAGCUGGUCUCAGCACUGGGGCCUUUGUGGCCAUACUGCUGUGUAUCAUCAUACUAUUAGCCGUUGUGAUUCUGUUCACGCAGCUGCGACAUAAAAAAGCAAGCAAAGAGCCCCUGAUUCACUCUGAAGAGGACAUCAGAGAGAACGUGGUGACCUACGACGACGAAGGAGGCGGGGAGGAGGACACUGAGGCCUUUGACAUCGCCGCCCUUCGGAAUCCCAGGGUCUCCGAGUCUCACAGAAAGCUCCACACCUACCUCGGCCGCGGACCCAACUUCUGCAGAGAGGAGGAGGAGGUCGAGGACGACGACGAGGGGUCUGUGGUGGUGAGGAGGAGGAAAGCUCAGCACGUAGACUAUGGGGACUACAGCCCGGAGUCGGAACCUGCCUGGUUCAUCAUUGACUGCGUUCCUCGUGAGAUCAGCCAGUCGGCGCCUUCGCUUUUGCUGGACGGUCAUGACAUAAUUCAGCAGAUCCUCCAGCAAAAGGUGGCGGAAGCAGACUGUGACACGCGGGGCCCACCUUAUGACUCACUUCAAACAUACGCCUACGAGGGCCUUGGGUCUUUGGCUGGGUCAGUCAGCUCUCUGGGCCUGACUGCAGCAGUGCCCGAACUAAACUAUGCCGACUUGGAAGACUGGAAACCAGAAAGGCAAACGCCAGAACAAAUAGUUGGAGAGUAGCCAGUACCCAGUACCGAAGAUUUCCCUUCCAAAGUUGUUGUUUCGUUUCUUUAAUUUUUGGCCAGAUUGUCUGAAGUCAGUUACUUUUUAACUCUGCCAUUUAGAGUGAGUGCUAGGAUGCAAAUGAACUGCUGCAAAAAGCUGGCAAUCAGGAGCUGUGGUAUCAUGUUUGAUCUGAGGAUAAGCCAUCUAGAUGUAACGGGAGAGAAGAACACAUUCUGGCAAACGGAAAACUUGCAAAACAUUCUAGCUUGAGUGCUGGGAUGAGGGGCAGAAUGUUAAAUGGCCGAAGACAAGUGUUUUAUAAUGAAAAGUCAAUUUGCAUACACUUUGGUCCCUCCGCUCUGCUUGUUAAGUGGGUUUGUGGAAAAAGUACAGCUAGUCCUGAGUCCAAAGGAUUCUGAUCUUGAGCUUCACUGCUGCUGAAACUCAAGUCUAACCCAUUUAAAAAAUCCUUGCACAGACACCGUGGAGACGGAUAACGACCUGGGUCGGAGCACGAUGACCCGGGGAUUGGGGUUCAGGUCACUGGUCAUGCUGGCUUAAAAAUGGAAAUAUUGAGGGGUUUUAUAGAUUUUUCUUAUUAGAAUCCAGAAACGACAUUCCUCUUUUUCUUGUCCCCUGUAUUUCACACACACAUGUUGUUUUACAGGCAGGUGAAGCUACAUGACGACAUUUAACUGAUUUCGUUUCACUAAUGUGUACAAGUUUAUAGUAACCUUUUUUUGUUCAGUUUUCAAUUUGCCGUUUGCUUUUUUAUUCUUACUUUCUAGUAUAUCAGCACACAGUUUGGUUGAGGUCAGAAAACAGUUGUGGUUGAUAUGUAUUGUUAAGGUGUGAUAAGAGCUAUGCAACUAACACAAUACAUAAAAAGGAAAAGGUUAAUUGCAGGUCUGUGACUGGACUCAGACUCUGCUCUCCACCAACCUAACGUUCACUAUCCUAAAUUGUGUGCAGUCGUCCGCUUGCACAUUGUCACCACCAGUUUGUAUCAUUUUGUAUCAAUCUUUUCUGCAUUUGUUUGGCUGUGUGUUGUAUCCACACAUUGUUGCUUGACAAUGAGAAAUCCUUUGAUGCCACCUUUUAGAUUCAAGCUUCCUCUGAAUAGUUUUCUCUCCUCAAAUACUAAUCAGGCCCCCGACAAGCAUCACUGUAACAUUUUUUUUUAAACUAUUGGUUGCCCGGGUCAAUACAGAUGUAGUAGUGGUGUUUGUUGUAGUCAGUCUUGAAAAGAAAUCCUGCUGGUCUUACCAAAGUCACUUAGAGGAGACAUAUUAUGCUCAUAUUCAUGUUCAUAUUUUUAAUCUGCGUGACCACUUGAAAAGGUUUACAUGCUCUAAUGUUCAGAAAAGUCAUCAGUGUUCUCAUACUGCCCAUUCCUGC